AUGAACCAAGGCCGGCUCGCGUGUGGUCGGGACUGUGCAGCGGACAAGACCGCCACGUGUCAUCCAUGCUCUGGCCAGUGCGCAGAUCGAGCUGGGCGGCAAGACCAAUCUGCCAUGUGUCGUUCGCAUUCUGGGCACCGUUUGGCUCAAGACUGGGCAGCAGAACUGACUCGCCAUAUGUCAGUCAUGCGCUAG